UCGUGAGCGCCGUCAUCUGACUCGCUCGCCAGGCCUCUUCCAUUUUCGUUCCUUUUUUAAUAGAGUGUCACUGCCUCGUCACACCACCUUGUUCUCCUGUCAGUACCCGUUGUUUGAGUUCCGCUUGACCUGGGCAUUGCCCUUCUCAGUUGCGCUUUCUCGCCUCCUCCUCCGGAUAUAAGUGUCAUUGUUCGGAGCGAUUCUCUCCCUCUCUCCCCCUCUCUUUCAUUUUCGUUUUCCUUGAUCUUCGUCCACACCCAUUGUUAUCACCACCUCUCUUUAUCUCCCCCCCUCUCCCCCUCUCUCUCUCACACCCAUCGCCCCAUGACCUCGACCAGCACACGGGGAUGAAUGAAGUCACCCUCGAGGUCGCUGCAGGCUUGAACUCGACGCUGACGCAGGUGUCCUCGGCCCUCGGGUGGGUGCUGGCGUGCGUGGCCAAGGCGCUGCUGGGCGAGGAAGGCCAGGUGUCCCCCAGGUCGCUGCAGCAGGUCAGAGAGACUGCAGUUACUGGCUGGACUGAUUUGAUAUGGUGGCUUGGCUUUACUCCCCUUCAAAGCCAUGUUUUUAAAGCAUUUGCCAUCAUCCUGGUUGUCAAUUUUGUUCUGAUUACGGUCUUCUGGUAUGUGUAUGCCCAGCGGAUCUCUCACACGCUCUCUUACAGCAGGAAUAGGAUCCUGAGCAUGGAACUAGUGUCCUUCCUGAAGCCGGUGCUCUUCCAGCUAUGGCCCACAUAUAACAGCCUACGCAUAGUUGAGGACAUCCUGAAAAGGAACACAAACUUCAAAAUCAACAAAGAUAAUCCUGCCCGCCCUUAA